AUGUUGAAUUCCCAAACCAUCCAAAGUAGUUUAAAUGUCCUCAAACCACCAUCCAAUCUACCUUCCCCCUUCCCUAGUCACCCCAAUCCAACCAAAUCUGUUCCUCCCAUUGAUUCCGGUUCCAUGGCUCACUUUCGUAGAGUUGUGAAGGAAAAACUGCCAGCAAAUUUGGCUAAACACCGCGACUUUGGUUUCCUUCUAUACGAAUCUGAUCUUCUUGUCAAAAACACCGGUAUUCAUCACAUCAAGCAACCCUAUGACCUGGAUAAUCCCAAUCUUUACAACGAUUUGUGCACCAGCCUUUGGGCAAUGUUUUCUCCUCAAAUCUUGACCAAAACACACAUCACCUCCCUUCCAGCUAACCCCGAAGAUUACCUCUGCCUCAGUGAUGGAGAAUCUCGAAUUCCAGACCAAGAAACCCUUCUUGGUGUCCUUAAAGAAGCAAAAGGAAGGAAAGUCGCCCACAUCAAUCUCACAUGCGACCAUCCCUUCCCUGGCGAUGAUUCCAAUUCCGAUCCUACCUCAUCCCCCCCCAAGAGAUAUUCCACCCGUGCAUCAACGGCAGCAGCAAGUGCAAACCACAAGAACGGUGGCUCCUCGCAUGGCCAAACUAAGAAGAAGAAAGAAGCGUGGGCCCUUGGGCCACUAGCUGGAACUGUGGUUGCAUGCAGGGAUGGAAACCAAAGUCUGGCCAGUAAGAUGGCGAUGUUGAGCAAGCCAAUGCCCAACUACUUGGAUAUCAACUCUGAUGGUUGGUUAAUUGCACAGAGACUGGUGUUUGAUGGGAUCGAGACAACCAAGGCCACCACCGAGUCAAUCAUCAUCAAAGUCAACAAACAAGAGAUCAUUGGUACCGGUGGAAUGCGAACUACUUACGCUGCUCAAGUUAAAACCAUCAAUCAAGAAAUCGAAAUCAUCUCUGACUAUGUUGCCAAGGUCAUGAAGGAUGUGCGACACCAAGACCUCAAACUACAUGCAGCUGAUGCCCGCAUGUAUGAGGCAUGUGCUGUCCUUUUGGAAGAGUACCGAUCUGUUGUUCAAGGUUCCCGAGGCUUGCCAAUGAGCACUAAAGCCAAAUCUGGACAAAUGCAGGCAAGUUCAUCUUUUAACUCAUUUGUCAAAUGA